AUGAGCAUGUUAGCCAAGAAUACGCUCUCCACGGCGACGCGUUUUGGUCGCGCGAUCACAGGCGGCCUCUCGCUAACCCAUACAUCAGCUUUCACAAUAAAAGAGGGUAAAGCGUUUGUGCAAGUCAAGAUUGGUGGUAGCGAUCAAGUUGAUAAACAUGGAUUCCCGGCUCCCGAGAAGCGCGAGGACGAUUAUUAUGCUGUCAGUGCCACCAAAGAUGGUUGGGGUCCAGAAACCUCUUGCUUUUCUAACAUAUUUGCACCCAUGUCCAUGGAGUCUGAUCUGAGGGAUACAGUAUUUGGAGGUGUCAGCGAUAACAUCCUACUCAAACCUGGUACGAGGGAGACCUUUAUCCUCUGCACCUCGGGUAUAGACCAAGAUGUCUUCCUCGAGCGCCUAGCUAAAGUAGGCCAGAAGUACCGGGGAAUAGACUUCGUGAAGCAGGGUGUUAAGGCCGAGGAAAUCCUAGGAGAACUCAGGAGUGUCAUUUCUGACUUGUUAGGAGAAUUUAUUUCGGCAAAGAUUAUCACCGAAGACUAUCGUGCCGACCGCAUGAAGAAGUUCGAUGAACAAGCUGGGAAAAUGACCAAUGUCAUCGAGUCAACCGGAAGGAGUGGAUAG